UCAGUGGGAACAGAUUGCUGUUCCCUGGGGGAGACCCAGUGUGACCGAGCGGAGCCGCGUGUUUUCCAGCACCAUGGACAGCAACAAGCGCCUCAAGCAAAUGAUCAAGGAGAUGCGCUCUGACAUGAAGAAACUGGAGUCGGAAAACAAAGCGCUCCGAGUCAAGUUAAGCCAGAACGGGAAGCGAGCUGAAACGCUGGAUGAGGCCACUAUAUGCGCGCUGCACCAGCAGCUGAGAUCCGAGGAGGCUUUAACCCACGCUAACCUGCGCAGGAACAUCUCCGCCCCCGUUCUCGAAGGAGAAGCCAGAGGUAACACAAUGACAGUGCGACGCUAUUCCAUAUCGUCUUUACACGCCUUCACUGUCGGUAACAAACGUCAUAAAUCUCCAGAUCAAAAUCGAACCCAUCAAAGGAGCAGGCAAGAGGGGCCAGAAUCAACUACAGUGAUUCACCCUUACACAACAAUGAAAGUCACAAAAGGCCAAGGAGUUCCUGAUGAACUGUUGGAGACGAAGAGCCCUGAAGGAAAACAACCUCAAGAUACACCGUUACAGGAAUAUGUACCUAAGUGCAAGUAUAAAAUGAAGUCUGUAACAUUUCUUUUGCCUGUGGACGUUGUACCUCAUUCUGAAGAUCAAGACUCAUCAUGGUAUACAGGGUAUCAGAAUUGUGCACAGCUGCCUCCUAUUCAAGAAAUCGACUACUGAACGAUUGGAACUGUCACACAUAUGUAUCAACUUAUCCAGUUAUUUCACAGAAAUGUUUAUGGAAAAUGCAUGGUAUCAUUUCUACAUCUAUGAUCAUUGUACUACGAUGAUUGUGAAUUAACAUGAUUCAAAUAUUUAUCUACAGUAUGCAAUGAAUGGAGGAAAUUGAGCAAGUUUGUGAAUUUCUCGUGUAUUGAGAAUUCAGAGUGAGCAAACUUUCAAAAUGUGAAGACCACAGAAAUAGACACUGUGUGAAAAUGUGAAUAUCAGACCCAGAAUGUCAUUAUUUAAUUCAAUCACUAUCCUAUCCUUGUGUUGCCACUUUCAGGGAACAAUGGAUUUGAACCACUUAACAUAGAGCUGUUAUGUGAUAUGUGAUACUAUAGUUAUUUUAUGAAAUAGGUACAAUGAUGAUUAGACCACAGUUGGACUAAAUGCACCCAUUUAGAAUAUUCAAGGUCCUGCUGUACCUCAACAUUCCUAAGAAUCUUGCCAUUUACUCUAACUUUCCUACCAAGAUUUUGGACCCACUUGAUCAAUACAACUCAGAUCCCUUGUACCUUAACCUGCUCUACCUGCGUAUAAGGUGGGGCAUUGUCAAAAAAUGUAUUGUAAAGAAUAUGAAGAUCAAAGCUGUGUAAAAAUGUCAAUAACAAGCCCAGAAUAUAAUUAACCAAUUCAAUCAAGGUGA